UGCUAACUUCACCUGCACAGACAUGGCUCCCUGCUCCACCAACUACUCCUCUUUUCACCACAUCAGGAUCUCUGAGAAAGACAACAUUAAAUUGAGAAAACCUGUUGUGGAGAAAAUGCGCAGAGAUCGCAUCAACAGCUGCAUCGAGCAACUCAAGGUCAUUCUGGAGAAGGAGUUCCACAAGCAGGAGCCCAACUCCAAGCUGGAGAAAGCCGACAUCCUGGAGAUGACCGUGAGCUUCCUGAGGCAUCAACUGCAGCCGGACCUCUGUCAGAGCGACUACAACCAAGGCUACUCUCACUGCUGGAGGGACUCUGUGCACUUCUUGUCUGCUGGAUCCAACACAGAGGCGUCUGUGACGCCUCUGCUGGGCCUCCAGCAGCAGCAGCUCCAGACACCCAGCAGUUCCUCCCCAGUCUGCUCCACCCUCAGACCCACCACGCUGAAGGACAGCAGCAGCAGCAGAGGCCCCGUGUGGAGGCCUUGGUAGAGACGCUGACAUACAGACAGUCUGAGACCUGAGGGGACUCUCCCUCACUAUGUAGGAAAUAUAUUUCCAGCCUGCUCACUCAUGGUGGGUUUCCUUAUUGUCGCAUCACAUUGAUGGACAACUAGUAAAAGCGAAGGCUCUCACUUAUUUGAAGGUUUUUUCUGCUUUGACUUUGAUUCACAUUUGAUGUUUGCUUUUCCUUUGUGUUUAAAGCUGGAGGAUGAUUUUGAGUCAUGAUGGUUUUGUCAAAUCUUGACUGUUUACUCCAGUGGAGUUUAUCUUUGGACUGCUUGAUGUAACAGUAUCUGCCAUACUGUGUUAUACUGACGGCCACUGUUGAGAAUAUUUCUCUUCUGUUUUGAAUGAUCUAUGCCAAAUUGUAUGUAUGAGGAUGACGAUAAUGUGUAUGUUUGUGUGUGCAAACAGAUGUACAUAUUAACAUUUCUGUUGAUAUUGCUGUUUUGCUAUCACAUUUAG